CAGGAGACCUCAUCAUUUGAGACCAGCCCUUCACAUUUAUAACUUAGAAGCCUGAAAAAUGAAGCCUAAAAUGAAGUAUUCAACCACCAAAAUUUCCCCAGCAAAGAUGCACAGCUCAGCAGGCAAAGCCUUGGCAAAAUCUCCCAAGUUGAGAAAAUCCCAACAGAAGGCUGAAGAAGUUUGCCCCAUGUACUUUAUGCAGCUACGCUCUGGCCUUAAAAUAGAAAAGAAGACCUGUUACUUUAGGAAAGAAACCACCAAAAGGCAUUCACUAAGAACAGCUAAAAAGUACAAAGAGCAACGUCUGGUAUUCGCUGCCUGUCAGGAGCUGGAACACAUUGGACAGUCUGUGAAGAGCUUCACCUUCGAUAAAACUAGGGUCCAGAAAUAUACUACAGCAACUGGUCUUCCAAGUAUCAAAGAACAUUCUGCUUCCCUGAGUACAUACAAUGAUCAAUCCAUUACUUUUGUUUUCGAGGAUGGAAAUUAUGAGAUCUAUGUUGAUGACUUAGGAAAAGACCAAGAGAAAGACAAGGUGUUACUCCGUUACUAUGAUUCCCAAUUCCCCUCAAGUGAAACAGAUGGUGGUGGUGAUCAUCGGAAGUUAAUGGUAAACCUGAGCCCCACAAAAGACAAAGACUUCUUGCUGCAUGCCAACAGUAAGGAGCAUUCUGUGGAGCUACAAAAAUGUGAAAACCCAUUGCCAGAACAGGCCUUCUUUGUCCUUCAUGAGGAGACCUCUCAAUGUGUUUCAUUUGAAUGUAAGAGCAAUCCUGGAGUGUUUCUAGGAGUAAAGGAUAACCACCUAGCUCUAAUUAAACGAGGGGAACACCCUGAGGAUUCAAAUGAAGAGAAUACCAUAUUUAAGCUCUCAAACUUAAUAUGACGGAAAGCUGCGGAUCUUGGGUUGAGUAGUCCAAACAGCUACCAUUGGAGAAAGGAUGAGCGAUAAAGAGACAGAUAACAUGAAGGGAAAUGGAAUGUUUAGUAUGCUGUGGAAUGUUUUCCUUAUUAUGUAUAAAAAUAAUUUUUUUAUAAUCCUUAAGUUCUGUUUUUUAUUUCCCUCUGUAUCACUGCAUAUUCAGUACAAGUACUGGUAUAUUAAAUAGCAUAUUGGUAAAGAGACUUGCCAACAUUCUGAAGAGAUACAGCCUGACCUUUACAUUUUUCCACUUUCAGUGCUGAAAGAACUUCUUCAUAUUUUGAGCUGAGACCUCUGGGGAGAAGCGAAGGGGCUGAUCCGCAGCUUUGUUUUAGACAGGGAUCAAUUUAAAGAGCUACAUAGGGACAUAAUUUUCCCUGGUUCCAAAUAAUAGCCUCAAACACUAGAGCCACUAAUAAAAAAGACAACUGGAAGCAACACAGAUUGACCAUUUCACAACUGGAAUAAAACACCAAGUUUGUUUGUAAAUUCUGAAACUUCAGAUGCCUAUAUGGCUAGACAGGUAACAUAAAUAUGUGAAAAGGCAAGGAUAAUUUAAAAAUUAAGGAAAAUAAAUCUAGUAUUUUUAAAGUGAAUAAUUUCACCUCUAACUCACUUUUAAAAUUCUGAUUUUUAUAGACUGAGUUAACUUUAAGCAAGGCAUUCUUACAUUAGAAAGUGAAAUAAAUUUUAGUUCAGACACGAAAUUGACAUUAUUAGGAAUAUCUAACAAACUAGAAUAUUUUUAAAAGCACUGAGCCCCAAUAUAUGUUUGGGCAUCCAAGUACCAUGGGUUCCAAGUACCAUGGUGUGGCCAGAAGUCCUCUAACCUACUAGAGCUUAGACGGGACAUAGGAUUAACAUUACAACUUCAAUAACUGGUUAUCCUUCAUAUGUUCUUCUGACCCUGGCUUCCAGGAAUCUAUGACUUUUGAUAUAUUCAUUACCUUGGACAAAAUUUCUUCUCAUCCUUUCUUCCCACGUGCACAAGGCCUUUUGUUGUUUAGCUUCCCAAUAACCCUGCUUACUAUGGAAUAUCCACUUGACUUCUGUUCUUUCUCCAUUUCUUUUGACCAUCUGUGUCCUUCUGCACCGCCUGACCUCACUUCCACAUCACCUGAUCUCUGGAUGUCAACAUCUUUAUUCUGCUUUUUCUACCUGAUGGUGUAGAAUUUUACAUAAACCUAUUUAUGGCAAUAUUCUUCAUUAAACAUCUUUGUGUUUUAUUGCUACUAAGGUACUAAAAUUUAUACUCAACCAUAUAAUAACAUUUCUCAACUACUAAAUAAUUUUUGCUUAUUUUAAAACCUUAGCAAUUUCUACUGUAAUUCUUCACAGGUGUAAUACUGAUAAUAAAUGACAAACAUAAUGACAGAAUACUUAUAAAAAUAUGACUUUUUCUGAAAGUGUAGGCUUUUUAAUUUGUUGAGAUAUAUUGAAUAUAAUUGUUGGUGGAAAAUAAAAUAAAAGAGGCUGAGAAUUACUGUAUGAGGACAAACAAUUAUAGAACAAUAUAUCUUUGUUUCAUUACUUUGUCAAUAAUUUUACUAUAGAGACAAAAAUAAAAGCAGAAUCUAUAUCAUUCCCUCUGAAAAACACUAAAUGUUG